UCGAUGCCUAUGUUAUUUAUAAAGGAUGGUUUGGAUGCUUUUGUCUAGAUUUUGCUAUAAAACCACCCGAUUUUGGUUCUUUGUUUCUCACCCCUCAUUUCCUUCUCUCUCUCUCUCUCUCUCUUUACAUCUUGUACUAGAAGUUUGCUACAAAAGUUAGUUAGAAGGGAAAAACAACGUAGAAUUCAUAGUGGAAAAUGACGAUCACAGCAGUUCCGGUCAUAAAAAAUGGUUGCCUUAUGGUGAGAGGCAAGGUUGUCCUAACUGGAGUGCCAGACAACGUUGUUGUCUCUCCGGCAAGCUCGGGAUCAGCCUUCAUGGGGGCCAAUGCCCCCACCUCCAGUUCUUUCCAUGUCAUCGAUCUUGGAAUUCUUGAGAAUUGCAAGUUUAUGUGCUUAUUUAUAGCCAAAAUUUGGUGGAUGAUACCACGAGUUGGGAAAUCAGCGAGUGAAAUUCCAAUGGAGACUCAGAUGCUACUGCUAGAGGUAGGGGAAGAUUCAGUGCUAGGCGUUGUGGAAGACGAAGCUCCUGCAACGGGGCACAACAAAUUCUACGUGCUCGUUCUGGCUGUGCUGGACGGACUCUUUAGGACGACUCUACAGGGGACUGCAUCAAACGAGCUCCAGUUCUGCUACCAAAGUGGUGAUGCUGCUGUUGAAACUUCUCAAGCCUUGGAGGGAGUGUUUAUUAACUCAGGGGAGAAUCCUUUUGAACUGAUUACGGAUUCAGUCAAGAUUCUGUCCAAACAUAAGGGUACAUUCACUCAUCUAGAAAACAAGAAGACUCCAGCGCAUUUGGAUUGGUUUGGUUGGUGCACUUGGGAUGCAUUCUACACAGAAGUCAGUCCAAAAGGGAUCAAAGAUGGACUUGAAAGUUUCAAAGAAGGAGGGAUUUGUCCGAAGUUCUUAAUCAUAGACGAUGGGUGGCAGGAAACUGUCAACGAGUUCCAAAAAGAAGGCGAACCUCCGAUUGAGGGCACACAGUUUGCAACAAGAUUAGCAGAUAUAAAAGAAAAUAGCAAAUUUUGUUCAGAAUCAGAUGGUUCGAGCACAAACUUGAAACAACUGAUUCAUUACAUCAAAGAGAAUUAUGGACUAAAGUAUGUAUACAUGUGGCAUGCCUUAGCUGGUUACUGGGGUGGAGUUCUUGAAUCAUCCGAGGCAGUGAAGAAGUACAACCCUAAGCUCGAAUAUCCAGUUUUGUCUCAAGGAAACGUUGGUAACAUAAGGGACAUAGCCCUCGACAGCUUGGAGAAGUACGGUGUGGGAGUGAUCGAUCCUCAGAAGGUUUUCGACUUCUACAAUGACAUGCACAGCUACCUUGCUAGCUGUGGUGUGGAUGGUGUCAAGGUUGAUGUUCAGAAUCUCUUAGAAACUCUCGGAUCCGGAUAUGGUGGCCGGGUUUCCAUCACUAAACGCUAUCACGAAGCUCUUGAUGAGUCCAUAGAGAGAAACUUUCCAAACAAUAACUUGAUCUCUUGUAUGUGCCACAAUUCAGACUCUAUUUUCAGCUUUAAGAGGAGUGCAACGGCUAGAGCAUCUGAGGAUUUCAUGCCCAAUGAGCCAACUUUUCAGACAUUGCACAUUGCAUCAGUCUCUUUCAACAGCCUUCUACUUGGAGAGAUUGUGGUUCCUGACUGGGAUAUGUUUCACAGCAACCAUAGCACGGCUGAGUUCCACGGUGCAGCAAGGGCGUUAGGGGGCUGUCCGGUCUAUGUAAGUGACAAGCCGGGAGAGCACGAUUUCAAGAUCCUGAGGAAGCUAGUUCUGCCGGAUGGAUCGGUGCUGAGGGCUAGAUAUGCAGGCAGGCCGACCCGGGACUGCCUGUUUGUUGAUCCUGCCAUGGAUGGGAAGAGCUUGCUCAAGAUAUGGAACUUGAACAAGCUAACCGGAGUAGUAGGCGUUUUCAACUGCCAAGGAGUCGGAUCAUGGCCUAUGAAACAGUCUGAAUCUACUCCCAUGCCUACUUCUCUCUCAGGCCGUGUGAGUCCACACGACGUAGAAUUUCUUGAGGAGCUUGCAGGGGAAAACUGGAUAGGAGACUCUGCUGUAUAUGCAUUCAACUCAGGAACAAUUUGCAGAGUGGCAAAGGGUGAAAGCGUUGAAGUGUCGUUAGGUCUACUGCAAUGUGAAAUCUUCACAGUGUCGCCAAUAAAGUGAGUAAAAGCUGGAUUAAGUUUGAUACUGCUCAUUCAAAAGCACUAACACAUAUUGCAUCGUAAGCAGACACUUAAAGGCGGCAUCGAGUUUGCUCCCAUCGGCUUGAUCAACAUGUACAACUCCGGCGGAGCAAUCGAAGAAUGCAGGGUGGUGGACGAGGAGAAGAUGGCGAUGAGAACAAGAGGGGCGGGAGUAUUUGGAGGGUAUUGCAGCAUCAAACCUAGUUGGUGCAAGGUUGACAAGAAAGAUGAGGAGUUCACUUAUAGCUCUCAGAAUGGACUAUUCACAAUCUAUCUUCAGAGUGAUGGCACUUUCAAGGAGAUUGAAAUUGCAUUUUGACAAUCUUUUCUCAUGCAAUUUAUCACUAGUUUUAACAUAUGUUUAUAUAACUAGUAACAAAGGUUUUCUUUUUAGUUAGUUAGUUAUGUCAUAGAGUUUCCAAAUGAUUGAGGAAAUCUAGAAAUGUAACAACUAACAAACAAUAAAGAUUGUAGUUUGAUUAAUAGUUCAUACAUAUAACUACUCCCUUCCUUUCAUGAUA